UAAUGCAGUGCCCUGAGCAGAAUGCAAGAGGUGAUCAAGGAGCACAGAAUAUCCCGAGUACAAAGGGACCCACCGGGAUCAAAGCUGGAAGGAAUUUUAGGGAAGAGGAUUGUCUCCGUGGCCACGGUGUCUCUGUGUGUGUGCCUGUCCCCACGGGAGAGCUGAGCAGGGUUUUUCUGGUCUGAGGACAUCCCGGGCAAGGCUCUCAGUCUUCUUCGGUGUUGAUUGCCUCCUCCUUAAUGAUGGCAUAUCCUGUGCCACUGCUUCCCAGGGCUCCGUGAAGCUGCUCAGAGAACACUUUUCAGCCAGGCAGGUUGCCUGGUCACUAUGAACCAUGGCCCAGCUAUACUACAAAAAGGUCAACUUCUCCCCGUACCGAGACCGGAUCCCACUCCAGAUCGUGCGAGCGGAGGCAGAGCUCUCGUCGGAAGAGAAAGCCUACCUCAGUGCUGUGGAGAAGGGGGACUAUGCCAGCGUGAAACAUGCCUUGCAGGAGGCAGAGAUCUACUACAACAUCAACAUUAACUGCAUGGAUCCUCUGGGUCGCAGUGCCCUGCUAAUAGCCAUAGAGAAUGAGAACCUGGAGAUCAUGGAGCUGCUGCUGAGCCACAGCGUCUACGUGGGGGAUGCUCUGCUCUACGCGAUACGGAAGGAGGUGGUGGGAGCUGUGGAGCUGCUGCUCAAUUACAGGAAGCCCAGUGGUGAAAAACAGGUUCCAACCUUGAUGAUGGACACCCAGUUCUCGGAGUUCACUCCGGACAUCACGCCCAUCAUGCUGGCGGCUCACACCAACAACUACGAGAUCAUCAAACUGCUUGUCCAAAGACGGGUGACAAUCCCACGCCCACACCAGAUCAGGUGCAACUGUGUGGAAUGUGUCUCCAGCUCCGAGGUGGACAGCCUGAGGCAUUCCAGGUCAAGGCUGAACAUCUACAAAGCCUUAGCCAGCCCUUCGUUGAUUGCCUUAUCGAGCGAGGAUCCCAUCCUGACCGCCUUCCGGCUGGGCUGGGAGCUGAAGGAGCUGAGCAAGGUGGAAAACGAGUUCAAGGCUGAAUAUGAAGAGCUUUCACAGCAGUGCAAGCGUUUUGCUAAGGACCUUUUGGAUCAAGCACGGAGUUCCCGGGAGCUGGAGAUCAUUCUCAAUCACAGGGAUGAUCAAAGUGAAGAGCUGGAUCCCCAAAAAUGUCACGAUUUGGCAAAGCUAAAGGUAGCAAUAAAGUACCACCAGAAAGAGUUUGUUGCUCAGCCAAACUGCCAGCAGCUACUAGCAACGCUUUGGUACGACGGCUUUCCAGGAUGGAGGCGGAAACACUGGGCAGUGAAACUCCUGACCUGUGUCACCAUUGGACUGCUUUUCCCCGUGCUAUCCGUGGCAUACCUGAUUGCACCCAAGAGCAGGCUGGGACUGUUCAUUAAAAAGCCAUUUAUCAAGUUUAUCUGCCACACUGGCUCUUACCUGACCUUCCUGUUCAUGCUCCUGCUGGCGUCGCAGCACAUCGUCAGGACUGACCUCCACAUGCAGGGACCACCUCCCACCAUCGUGGAGUGGAUGAUCCUGCCCUGGGUUUUAGGUUUCAUCUGGGGAGAAAUCAAGGAAAUGUGGGAUGGUGGCUUCAAUGAGUACGUACACGACUGGUGGAAUCUGAUGGAUUUUGCAAUGAACUCCCUCUAUCUUGCAACCAUCUCCCUUAAAAUUGUUGCCUAUGUCAAGUACAACGGUUCUCGGCCGAGGGAGGAGUGGGAGAUGUGGCACCCGACUCUCAUUGCUGAAGCCCUGUUUGCAAUAUCCAACAUCCUGAGUUCCCUGCGUCUCAUAUCCCUGUUUACAGCCAAUUCACACCUGGGACCCCUGCAGAUUUCUCUGGGACGCAUGCUGCUAGACAUCCUCAAAUUCCUUUUUAUCUACUGCCUGGUGCUUCUGGCUUUUGCCAAUGGACUGAACCAGCUUUAUUUUUAUUAUGAGACCAGUGCCUCGGAGGAACCCAACAACUGCAAGGGGAUCCGAUGUGAGAAACAGAACAAUGCCUUCUCCACGCUUUUUGAGACCCUCCAGUCACUCUUCUGGUCUGUGUUUGGGCUGCUCAAUCUCUACGUCACCAACGUGAAAGCCAGACACGAAUUCACAGAAUUUGUUGGGGCCACGAUGUUCGGGACCUACAACGUCAUCUCCCUCGUUGUGCUGCUGAACAUGCUGAUAGCCAUGAUGAACAACUCCUACCAGCUCAUUGCUGACCACGCGGAUAUCGAGUGGAAGUUUGCGCGGACGAAGCUCUGGAUGAGUUACUUCGACGAAGGCGCCACUCUGCCCCCUCCUUUUAACAUUGUCCCCAGUCCCAAGUCAGUCUGGUACCUUUGCAAGUGGAUCCACAACCAGCUGUGCCCAGGUGACAACUCUGACAAUGAACAGAAGAGGCACGAAAACCUCAAAACAUUCACAGAACGACACGCUGACAACCUGAUUCAGAAUCAACAUUACCAGGAAGUGAUAAGAAAUCUUGUGAAAAGAUACGUUGCUGCAAUGAUAAGAACGUCCAAAACCAACGAGGGUUUGACUGAAGAAAACUUCAAGGAAUUAAAACAGGACAUCUCCAGUUUUCGCUAUGAAGUUCUUGACCUGUUAGGCAACAGGAAGCUCCAGAGGAGAAGUUACUCUACCAGCAGCACAGAGGUGUCCCAAAAGGACGAAACAAACGAGGAUGGCGCUGGAGAAAAGUCCAGAGCCAAGAGCGUGUCUUUCAAUGUAGCCAACAAAAAAAAGGACUUCAACGUUUCUGCUCUGAUUAAAACCAUGUCUGGGAUCAACAUGGUGGAAGAGAAGCCAAAAAGCAACGGGAUCAGCAAGCGCUCCUUUGUCCGAAAUGGGAACAGAGUCCAGAGACUCUCCAGCUCCAAGAAGGAGUCCUUCAAGAGACUGGGCCUGCUCUUCUCCAAGAUGAACGGCCACGUCCCCGAGCCCAGCUCAGAACCCAUGUACACCAUCUCAGACGGGAUCAUUCAGCCACAUUACAUGUGGAAAGACAUUAAAUAUUCUCCCAUGGACAGACAGAGAGAAGAGAAUUGUUCCAAAAGUGAAAUUAACCUCAAUGAGGUGGCCUACAGUGGGAACACGAGACUUUCAGGACAGAGCAAGGAGUGCCCUGUGGUUUGUACCAGCUCCCUUCACUGUGCUUCCAGUAUUUGUUCCUCUAAUUCCAAACUUAUAGACUCGUCAGAGGAUGUGUUUGAUUCAUGGGGAGAGGCCUGUGACUUGUUUAUAAACCAGUGGAAAGACGGGCAGGAGGAUCACGUUACCACCCGGCUCUGAGCAAAGCUCUCUUAACUCUCGCUGGAAAACUCAGCCAAGUAUUGGUCACGGUUUGCUCUCAUCUGGUUCAGCAUCACUGUUUUCCUUUCUGUCCACAGGUGAAAAAAAAGUGUAAACCUACUUAUGUUAUGGCCUAUUUUAUAGCCAUCUGCACCUUUUUUAAUUUACUUGUUUUACACUCAUUAAUACUAAACUAAUAUUGUCACGGUUUAUAAGGUUGCCAUAAACCACAGGAAUCCCUUUGGAUGCAGUCUCAGUCCCCAAACCCCACAGACUCCAGGCAUGCAGGUGGCUGAGGAAAGGAUUUCUCCAGUGCUCCCAUCAUCAUCCCACCCAGCUGGGUUUCAGUGCUGCUGUCCAACACCAUCAGCUCUGCAUCCUGCUCAGCUUUCCUCAUCAACACAGACAGCUGUUGAGCAGGAGGCUGAAAGUCACUCUGAAAAUAUUUUUCAGAAAUGUUUCCACCUAUAACUGCGUUUUGUUUUGUUUCCUUUUAGCAAUAUGACUUCUGAUUCUUUUGGUUGUGCUUGUUUUUUCAGGCCACUGUAUCAAUAUUGUAAAUUAUUACUGAAUAUGAGACCACUUUGAUCAUGGAACAUGUUUUUGUUGCUAACAUAUUUGCUUAUUUCCCUAAAAUCCCUUUUGGGGAGCAGAAGGACCUUCUAAUUAGGCUGACAGUGGGAGCCAGCACCUGGCCUUGCCUCCAACUCCUGUGUAGAUGAACUGAAAAGAAAACCCAAAACAACCCUGGCUGCUUGAAAUCCAAACCUCAGAGUAGUUUCUAAUAGGCUGAACCAAAACCCAGCUCUAAGCCUUGCCCUUAUUUUGCAAUUCCUAAUUUUACUUCCAGUGCUGCAUUCACUUUUUGCUGCCUCUCUGAUGGGUGUCAGGCUUCAGGGGGAAAUCCAUCUCCUGAGGGAGAGCAUCCCCUGAGCACCAGCAGCUCUGCAGGUCCUUCUCCGAGGUGCAACAACAAGGACUGUGGCAGGAGGUGGUGUAUUUAUUAUUUGUUAUUUAUUAUUUAUUAUUUAUUCUUUUAAAAUUUUUAUUUAUUACUUAUUAUUUUUUAUUUCCCCAGCUGUGGGAGUGGCUGGACAGGGCUUAGCACUGUCACUGUUGUUGUGCCAAGGAGCAUCAAGAGCUGGGAGAAAGACAACCCCCCUUCAAGGGCAAGAUGGUUCAAUUCUUAACAGGGAUUUUUAGGGGGUUUUAUUUUAAUUUUUUAACUUUCUUCUGCAGUGUUGCUAAGAAAUGCAGAUGACUGGUGCUGAGCAGCACCUCCGAGGUGUUCAGGAGCUCGGGAAUGGCUUCAUCCCUGCCCUCUGCAGGGCUCUGCUCCCUGCAGAGGGUUGUGUGAGCUCCAGCAUUUCCCCAGGCUGGCUGGCAGCAGUCACCUCACCUGGGAAGCAGGUUGGGAGCUGCCUCUGGAGAAACACAAUGCUGGAAAAGCUACACCUGCCCCUGGAGCGGGUCAGAUCUCACCAGCGAGGGGCACGAGCAGCUCUGCCGGCAGCGCGGAGGGUCAGGAGCAGAGGGAUGAGAGAUGCUGGAGCACCUGCAGCUGGAUACUCUGCCCGAGUUUGAAACCUGGCUCCCUCCUCUUGAGGGGAAAAUCUCCCCUCCUGGGGUUUUUCCUUUGGGCACUUGUGCAGCUUCACCCAGGAGAUGGAGCACAGAGAGAAGAAAUGUGAGUGCUGCAGCAGCUCCUGGGGCAGAGCUGAGGUGCCAACACCCCAAAAUCAUGGAAGGGUUCAGUGCAGACCUCUGUGGCUCCAGGGCAGCCCUGGUGCUGAGAUAAAUCAGCAGCAAGGAGCAGAGGCUCAAAAACAUUUCUGUUUUCCUCGCUUAUAAUGACAGCAGCCUUGUUACCAGCAGGCAGUGUAAAACCCCAAAUAUUUAAGCCUCUGGAUGUGUUAGUUAAGGCAGAGUGAAAGGCAUUUUUGUAUCAACAGAUUUCAGGCUUUCACACUAAUUGCAGGGUUAGAGUUGUCUUUGAAAACCACAUUUCCUCUUCCCUCAUGGAAGGCUGAGCAGACUGACAUUGGUGGUACACAAGGAGACUGUGUAAAUGCCGAGGGUGGGGAGCAGCGUGCCGACGGCUCCGUGAGGAAAUCGGGCACCCCUGGCUGGAGGAGCAAAUCCAUCGACAGGGGAGAGCCACAGCCAGAGCCCAGCGAGGCAAUGCCCACAAUGAGAGCCCCACAGGUCAAGAAAGCAAACUGAGCAUGUUUCUGCAAAGAUAAACACGAGCAGGAGCUGCUGCAGGGGGGUGGAUUUGGAAUCCUUUGAUGCCUCCCCUAACCCACAGCGCAGCCUGUGAACUCCACUUGACGUGGGGCCAGCGAAUCUUUGUGGCAUUUCCUGGGUAAGGAGGAAGAAUGAAAACAAUUCAAGUACAGUUAUGCAGAUUACAUCAACUGGGCUUGAAAUUGGGCCAGAAACUGGGCUUAUAUCCUUGGACAGCAGCAAGGCUUUUAAGUGUUCAGUGAGAACAAGCACACAGCCGCUGGUGACGCUCACGUGGUGCCACUUGAAUGCUUUACCAGGUAAAAACAACGCAAAGAAAUGGAAUUAACUCUGCAGUGCUGCCCCCAAAAAUGCAAAAAUCCCUUCCCCAGUGCUGUGCUGAAGGGGGAGAUGCUUCACGUGGCUCUGUGCCCAGGGCUCCCCUGGGCUUUGCUUCAUGACUGAGAUCCUUCCUUGCUCCCAGCUACGAGCUGACUUUGGAAUUCAACACAAAUAUUUGAUUUGGCUGUGAUUAAUACAUGUGUCCAGGAGUUUGCAAAACUCAAAUUGGUCCCCCAAAAGGCAAAAUACUCUUUGAUUGCAUCUAUGCAUCCCUGUUGAUAGCAAUAGACUUUGGAGCAGCUGGUGAAUUAUUAUUAUGCUAAAACAGGAGCUUCAGGGGAGCAAAAUUGAAGUAGCUUCUGAAAAAUAACAUUUGAUUAAAAAAAACCCAACCCAGGUUUUGCUCAAUUCACUUGCAGCACAGUAUUUGGGAAACUUCAUCAGUAUUUUUCUGCUUUCAAUUGCUCUAAAAAGAAAAGGUGUUGUAGUGAAAGUUCUUCUUUCCUUCAGAGUGAGUGACCCCUGUGCUGCCUCUGCAAGGGCAGCUGAUGGAACACUUGAGUUUCUCCUGUGAGGAGUUAAACUUUUCCUUGGCUCAGCUGGCUCACACCUGGCCUUUAUUCUGUGGGCUUCAAGAAGGAUCCUUGUAUAUAUGCAAGGAGUUUGGAGUUAGGAAUAACAGAGAUCUCAACCAUUUGCCCUUUAUUAGGUUUCUUGCUCUUGAAGUUGCAUUUUUUUCUUGCCUCCCAUCCCAGCUUCAUUUUCACCUGGCUUUUUAAAGCAGCACACCUCCAAAUGGUCAUGGAAUUAUGGAAUGGUUUGGGUUGGAAGGGACCUUAAAGUUCUUGUUCCAACCCCCCUGCCAUGGGCAGGGACACUUUCCAUUAGGCCAGGUUGCUCCAAGCCCUGUCCUUGGACACUUCCAGGGAUGUGGCAUCAUCACCAAUUAAACAAGUUAACAAAUAACACCCAGGGUUAAGAAUUUAAUAGAGCUGGGAGGUGUUUGUACUCAGGUCAGAGAUUACCUAAAUUGCUUCAGAAACAAGAAAUUAACUGAAUUAUCUGUGCAGGUUAUUUAGAUAACUGCAUUUGUACAUGGCUCACUUGCUGGUAAAUAUGUAAAUAUUCCUGUGUUUGUACCUGUGUUCCCUCAGAGGAAGCAUGGGCAGUGUCAGAGCCAGGGGGGAGCUCAGCUCCACUCCCUGCUCUGCCCCUGCCUCCCCUGUGACCUUGGGCAAGUCACUCAGCCUCUCGAAUGCCUCAGUUUCCCCAUCUGUAAAAUAGGGAUAAUAAUACUUACCUACCUCGCAGGGGGGGUUAGUUCAUUAUUUAUAAGCACUUUCAAAUUUAAAGGCGCUAUAUACAGUACGUAGUUAAUCUUGGUAGCAGUAGUAUGUACUUUUAUUUUCUUACAACUAAUUCAGGUUAGGAUUUAACUGUAUGUCUGUUAUGAUAAUUUUCCAUGUAGGAAACUCGCAUGGUUUCCCCAUGAAGGGAAUUUAGGGGACUUCUGCAGUAGACAGAGAGCAGGAGCAGCAUACCCUGGAAGCCUAAAUUCUGACACCUUCGCUUUUGUGAUUUAUGCCUCACCCGAAAUGUCACCUCCCUGUAUUUGUGUUCCACCCCUUUCCUGACAGCCCAUGUAACAUGAUUUUUAGCAGAAACAGCCACUGUAAAUAUUAAGAGUAUUUAAAUAAAUAUAUUAAUGUACGAAUAUAAACCCUUACCUUUUAAAGAGGUUAAAAUUGGUGGGUAUGACAGGAUUCUAAGCACGGGGUGGGGGCUCCACAGGCAGCUCAGCACUGGUGCACACCCACACACUGGGCUAGGGCUAUAGGAAGAUUUCACAUCAUCACCUCUGCAAUAAUCACUUUUCACCCCAUCACUGGCAAGGACAACUCACCUGGGUGUCACAGGAGGGCAAAGGGACGCUGUGACCGGAGCAGGGUGGCCCUGCUGCCUGGUUCUGCCCCCGGAGAAGGGAACGCAGCUCUGGACACCCACCCAGGCAGCAGAGUGUGGCCAACACUGUGGCAACCUGGACAGCUGGAAACUGUCUCCUGCAUCCUUGGGAGGGGCUCCUCACCCAGAUUUCUCUGUACAAUAUUCCCUAGUGUUUACUCUGGACAAAGGUCUCUGGUUUGAGCAAGAGGAGCUUGAAGAGGGGACUGGCAGGGUAAGGGCACUCUGAGCUCCCUGGCAGGGACAGGAGCAUGUUCAGGUCCCUGCACUGGGGACCUGAUGUUAUUGACAGGGAUAUUUGGACAGUUAGCAACAGUGAAAGCAAGGAUCUGAAUCACCUCUGGGUUUUCUAGCAGCUGGAAACCACCCAAGCACUCACUGCUCUCACACUGCUACGUGUUUGUCCCGCUUCCCUUCCCAGCUUCGCUUUGGUGUUGCUGCUUCCCUUUCCAAAGGGCCAAAAUCCCAAAGAAAAGCAUAUUUCAUUAGCCAGGAGGAGGCUCAGUGUUGGUUGAACUCCUGGCUGAGCUCUCCUUUAAGCAGUUAUCUCGUCCUGCAGCACCCAGCCCUGUCCCACAGACAGAGAAAGCUCUGUGAGAUUCCCAAAGGAUCAGGAACCCCCUCCCACCUCUGCUGAAAUUCCACACACAGAGGAUGGCAAAAAAUAAUCAGAACCAUCCCAACCACCAGGGCUGCCUAAAGUUAAUGAAAGUUGUUUUUUAACAGAAUUCCUGCAGGUGUUUUUGGGAUGGGGGCACUGCAGGGACCUCUUCCUCACAAGAGGGACUUCCAGACCCUCUGGCACAGAGAGACCAGGGCUGGUCACACCUUCCCAGGUGUGCUGGAAGCAUCAGGCACUCUAAUUAAUGUCAUGGUAAAAUUGAUUGGAAUCAGCACAACUGUGAUGGAUAAUAAAUCCACUCUCUGGAGAAGCAUCUAAAAUAAACUGUCCCCCAACAGCAUCUGCAGUUUGCAGUGAGUGUGUGACUUGAAACAGCUAUAAAGCCACUCCCUUACUUGAUUUUUGUUUGAGGAGAUAGAGAAUACUCUGGGCUAGCCACAUCAGCACAUUUCCUAAACAUUUAUCAUUUGAUUAAUUUUCAUUUUCACUCUUCUUUCCCCAUUUCAGGCCCUUAUUACAAAAAGAGAAAUUUCUAUACUACUCAUGUAACUGCUUCCACCCAGACCAAUGACUGCCCUGGAGGCAAAUCAUGAUCAAGAACCAUUGUUCUAAAAAGAAAACAUGUUUCAUCUAAAGAAAUACACUUAAAAAGCAAAAGUGUUUGAUCCUUAUCUUCCAAACCUUUGAUAGCAUUUUGUGCUUCAGGGAAACACUUUGACCUGCUCUGUUUUUUUGGGUUUUUUUGAGGUGUGCAAAACAAAAAAGGAAACCCCCAACCAGAACAGCAGUAGAACUCAAACCACCCACAGCUUUUGAUUUAGUUCAUUCCUUCCACGCAGAAUUCCUGGUUUGGGUUGGAGGAGACCUCUGGAGAUCCAGCCCAAGCUCCUGCCAGCCCCUUCUCCAUCAAACACCCACCCACCCCAGCCACCAGUGCUGUCCCCAUCCCUGCUCAGCAUGGCCUAGUUUGGGGAUUUUUGGGGGGAUUUUCUUUCUUUUCCCCUCCCAUUGAAAGCAUUCCCACAUCAGCAGCACCUUCUGGGCUGGCAGAGAUGCUGUGCCCAGGGCUCAGACGUGCCCUGUGCAGGAGCUGACAGAACACUGUGAUCCCUUUAGUUGACAGAGCAAGAGGCCUUUUGACUAUAAAUAAUGUUGUUUUUCAGCAAGGGGGCACUUUUGGGUCUUAGCUAUUUUUUCUGGCUAUUGUACAGUUAUUUAAAAACUACUGAAGGUGUUUAUAAGGCAGGUCUGGGGGCUACAGGGCUAAAGAUUUUGAGAAGCAAAAGGCAGUAGCAGAUGUUUAAGUAUUCUAUUUUCUAUAUGGGAGCCCUGGAGACCUGGGCUGACUCUGAAAACAGUUUUUUAGCAAAUCGAGUUUUAUUGUCAAAUUAAAUCUAAAUUAAUAAAUAAAGCAACCACAGAAACAGCCUUCACACCCGAGCAUAUUUUAAAAUGCCAUUUUGUGAAAUAAAAAAAAGGUGAGGCUUUUUUUCCCCCACCCUCCCACCCCCUUCUUCUUUAUUUUAGUUUUGCUCAAAAACUCAAAGGGGCCUUUUCCAGGCUAAAAAGCUUUUAGAUGUUGUAAGACUUUUGUGUAUGCAAAGACAGAUUGGGGACCUCAGAAUCUGCCAGCUGAGUGGUAAUAGCCACCCCUGGAGAAAAGGGGCAGAAAAGGGCAAGAGCAAAAAGCAAAAACAGAUGCUUAGUUUUAUGUACUUUUCUACUUGCAUCUCUUCCAUCCGUAGUGCAGACUCCAUGUCAGACCCUCGUAUAACCUGUACAAAAUUAAACAAUGUACAUAACAAAUAAAAUUAUUUAUUUUAUGUGUAUUUUUAGCUUAACUGUAAACUGAAAAAAAAAAUAAAAAAUAAAAAGCAUUUAAUUUUUUUUCCCAAAAAUGUAAGCCUAUUGAAAAAUCAAGGUGUUUCUACCUUUUCAGAUGUAACAUUUCCAGCUGCCUAUUGAUAAUAAACAUUUAUGAACAGCA